AUGUCUUUCUCGUUUGGAACACCGUCAAGCGCCCCAGCGACAACAGGUCUUACCGGGGGUUUUAGUUUUGGCGCUAACAAGCCAGCUACCCCGGGUUUUGGGCUAACAGCAACUACACAAUCGACGGGUUUAUUCGGUACCCCAGCGACAUCUGCACCGGCCUUUGGAACUGCAACUGGAACCACUCCAGCAUUUGGAGCAACCCCUGCUUUUGGGGCUGCAACCCCCGCAUUUGGUGCUGCAACCCCUGCUUUUGGUGCUAACACCAGUUUUGGUGCUGCAACCAGCGCACCCGCUUUUGGUGCUGCAACUAGUGCACCCGCUUUUGGUGCAACGACUUCACUUUCAUUCGGAGUGACCACCGCUGCUCCAGCAUUUGGUGCUACAACUUCUUCAUUUGGUUCAACGACACCAGCUUUUGGAUCUGGAGGUCUUAACUUUGGAACGGGGACAACUUCAACAGCCGCAAAAGGAUUGUCAUUUGGUACGACCACAACGAGUGCAGGCUUGGGAGGUUUAGGCGGGUUUGGUUUUGGUACAACAACAUCAAACUGGUCGCUCGGUGCAACAGCUACUACCACUACUAGUGCUUUUGGGAAUCAAUUAGGAACAAUAAAUGUAACUGGCACUCAACCGUCUACAUCAGCAGCCCCGAGCCUUGGUUUAGGCGGUAUAGCUACCUCAGGAGUGACAAACACUACAACAACGGAUGGAAAAAGUGAACCCCCCAUGCAACAGAAGUUGCCGAAUGAAAUAUCGACAACAGUUGAGUCUUUUAAAGAGUUUGUGAAGAAACAAAAAUCAUUGAGCUCAGACAUCAUGAGAAUUUCAAUUAAACCACUGCAUAAGGUUAGCCAAGAGGCGGAGACGACUCAGCGCGCGGUGGCAGCCCUACGCGGCGAGUGCGGGCGGGCGCGGGCUCACUGCAAGCGGCUGCGAGCGGCGGCUGCUGCGGCACUCGCUGCUGCUGAGACCGCCGCUAGGGACGCGCCCGGUACUGACCUGGAGGGGCCUAUCCCGCCGCAAUACGUUUCCGAACUCAUAUCAGAAUUGGAACAACAAUUGAUAAUGUUUAGACGACAGAUGGACGUCGCUGAUAAACAGAUGCAGUCAUCACCAAAACUACUCACUGAACAAGAAUUAACACUCGGUAUUCGUCGAAUGCACGAGUCGUUGGUUGCGCUGGCAGGGCGGCUCCAAGCGGCACACGCUCUAGUUGCCGCUCAGAAGGAACAAUAUCUCAACCUCCGGAAAUACAUACUAAAGGAUCCCACUGACGUGUUUGAUACGCCCACUCAAAACGCAAGCCUCGAUCAAAUACUCGGUGACGCUGAAGGCACCAGAAAGAAGAAAUCCAUUUCAGACUUAGGUCUUGGAAGCUCUGUGUUGUCUGAUCCGAGAGCGCUUUUGGGUAAUAUACAAGAAUUGGCUGGACCAACACCAUUUACAUAUUUGGGCAAUUCAAUGUCUUCAUUGCCUGUCCCAGAUAAUACAGGAUCAAACUGGCAACCACAACCACAGACGAAUCUGAACACAUCUCUCAAUCUCAGUUUUGGUACAGCUCAAAACGAUUCCGGCUUUCAACUACAAAAGCCUCCUGGAAAACGUGGGAAACAAUGA